GUUGCCGAGUCUGUGCUUGAACUGUCGAGUCAAAUAAAUGGGCAUUGGAUGGAUCCUCUAUAAACAACCAUGAAACAAGUGAGAGUCGGUCGUUAGUCGUUACUAGCUGUUUUGAGAGAUUAGCCUCCGAUAAAGAGGCCGACAACUGAUUUUUUCUGUAGAUAAAACGUUGUGCAUUUUCUUCUUCAUUUUUUUCUUGAGGAAGAAGAAGAAGAAGGAGAAUAUCAUGGCGGUGGUGGUUGGUUCGUCCAUUCAAUCACGGAUUCUCUGCAGCUUCCUUGGAGACUCUAGUUUUGUUCGACCAUCUCCAGCCAGUGCCCUUCACCGUCUCUUCCGCUAUAACCUAGGAGGAAAACAUGUUUCUAUGCAAUUAUCACGAGCAUUUUCUGGAUUAGCCAACCUAUUAUUCUACAAUGGAAGGUGUGCAAAUUCUUCAACCAAUUUAAAUCCACCUUUAUUUGAACAACCUGUGAUGAGCAGAAAUAUAGAGGAAGUGCCUAACAGCAAACGUAAAUGUUUGAGGCCAGGGAAGGUGUCACCUCGUCGACCUGUUCCUGAUCACAUAUUACAGCCUCCAUAUGCAAAUUCUCAGAAAUCACCGGGAAUUUCUGGUGGACCUGAAGUGCAUGAUGAACUUGGAAUUGAAAAAAUGAGGGCAUCAGGAAGACUUGCUGCGCAGGUUCUUCAGCAUGCUGGGACUUUGGUGAAGCCAGGCAUUACAACAGAUGAAAUUGACCAAGCAGUUCACAACAUAAUCAUUGACAAUGGAGCAUAUCCUUCACCUCUUGGUUAUGGUGGGUUUCCUAAGAGCGUAUGCACAUCAGUAAAUGAGUGCAUUUGCCAUGGGAUUCCAGAUUCACGGGAACUUGAGGAUGGUGAUAUUGUCAAUAUUGAUGUCACAGUUUAUCUUAAUGGGUACCAUGGUGAUACAUCAGCAACAUUCUUUGUUGGAGAUGUUGCUGAGGAAGCUAGAAAAUUGGUGCAGGUAACUAAGGAGUGCUUAGACAAGGCAAUAUCUAUCUGUGCACCCGGGGUGGAAUUUAAUAAAAUUGGCAAGACUAUCCAUAAUCUUGCAGAUGAACAUUGCUAUGGAGUUGUUGAACAAUUUGUUGGCCACGGAGUAGGACGUGUUUUUCACAGUGAUCCAGUCAUUCUACAUUACAGGAAUAAUGGUCGCGGACGCAUGCUUCUAAAUCAGACGUUUACCAUUGAACCAAUGCUGACCAUUGGCAGCAUAAACCCGAUAAUGUGGGAUGAUAACUGGACGGUGGUGACAGAGGAUGGGAGCCUAUCAGCACAAUUUGAGCACACAAUCCUGAUAACUGAAAAUGGUGCCGAGACACUGACUCAGUGUUAGCAAAGCACGAAUAUCGUUUCUUAAAGAUAAUAGAAGGAAGCCAUGGAACAGGUUCCUUUCCAAGCUACAAACACAUUUGUUCGCUCAGAUUCAGUCACCUCCAGUUUAGAAUCUUCUUCUCUCCAAGGUUGGGGGGCCAAUGUGAUAAUCUUUUCUUUGAUUUGUGAUGAAAGGUCGUUUUGCAAGACAGACUCCAUAGGACAUGAUUGUGUAACUACAGCAUUUUGUCCAAUUCUCGUGAUCUCGCUGUUUAUUAUUUAAGGGAUAUUCAUUCCUGAAUGGUGUGGUUCUUGUCUCUGUAACGUGAGACGUCACACCACUGAAGUUGGAAGUUUGGCAGUCCAUUUUAUUGGUAGGUAUAUCUUCUUUGUAAAAAAAACGGUGUCUAUUACUACCGAUUUCUGAAUACAAUUCUUGCAAGGCAAUUGAGGGCCUGUGUUUGAGUAUA